GGUCGGAAUUGGCUAUUAUAAGUACCCCAUGUGAAAUUUGUUACAACCUUAGUAGGCUUAGCCUAACCACUUCAAACUCAAUAAGUAGUUUGGUCCUUUUUCCUCCUUACACCCUUUAUCUUCAAUAACGAAGAACCAAUUUUUAUUGGUUAAAUAGAUAAAGGGUGUCAAGAAAAGGACUAAAGAGCCAUAAAAACUAAGUGGGGUGGUUGUUUUUUUGGUGAAUUCUUGUUCUGCAAAUGGCUUGUAGUGUUGCUGACUCUGGUUUCCUCUUCUUGGUUUCCAAGAAAAGACCAGUUCAUAGUACUAGAAUUGGCCAAAUUGGUUCUUCAGGAGCAUAUUGUUUAAAGUGGGAAAGUUUACCUCAGGUAAACUCGAAACAGAAAGGCUGCUUAAUUUACUCGAGAAAGAAAAAUGUUGUACAAGCUGUUGCAGUUCCGAUAGCACCUCCUCCGUUAGAAAGUGCAGAGGAGAGGAAACAGUUAGGUGAAAAAUAUGGUUUUAGACAAAUUGGAGAACCACUACCUGAUAAAGUCACGAUGAGAGAUGUUAUGGACACACUCCCGAAGAAGGUAUUCGAGAUUGACGAUGGAAAGGCGUUGAAGUCCGUUUUGAUCUCAGUAUCUUCAUACACUUUGGGGCUCUUUAUGAUUGCCAAAGCUCCAUGGUAUCUGCUUCCCUUGGCUUGGGCUUGGACAGGAACAGCAGUUACUGGGUUUUUCGUAAUAGGACAUGAUUGUGCUCACAAGUCCUUCUCAAAGAACAAAUUAUUGGAAGACAUUGUUGGAACUCUGGCCUUUUUGCCGUUGAUAUAUCCCUAUGAGCCAUGGAGGAUCAAGCAUGAUCGGCAUCACGCGAAAACAAACAUGUUGCACGAAGACACAGCUUGGCAGCCUGUUUGGAAGGAGGAGUUCGAUUCAAUCCCUGCGUUGAGGAAGGCAAUUAUAUUUGGUUACGGCCCCAUCAGACCUUGGAUGUCUAUCGCUCAUUGGUGGCUCUGUCAUUUCAAUUUGAAGAAGUUCAGACCAAAUGAAAUUAACAAAGUGAAAAUAAGUUUGGGUUGCGUCUUUGCUUUUAUGGCGAUUGGCUGGCCAUUGAUAAUCUGGAAGACGGGGAUUGUUGGAUGGAUCAAGUUCUGGUUAAUGCCAUGGUUGGGUUAUCAUUUCUGGAUGAGUACGUUUACAAUGGUUCAUCAUACGGCGCCCCACAUACCCUUCAAAGUUUCCGAUGAGUGGAACGCCGCUCAGGCCCAGCUGAACGGCACAGUUCACUGUGACUAUCCUAGUUGGAUUGAGAUUCUUUGUCAUGAUAUCAAUGUUCAUAUUCCCCACCACAUAUCCCCCAGAAUACCAAGUUAUAAUUUACGGGCGGCUCAUCAGUCUCUCCAACAGAAUUGGGGAAAGUACUUGAACGAGGCUUCAUGGAACUGGCGUCUAAUGAAGACAAUACUGACAAUAUGUCAUGUCUACGAUAAGGAGCGGAAUUAUGUCCCAUUUGAUGAAGUUGUCCCCGACGAAGCCUUGCCAAUCACAUUCCUUAAAAAAGUAAUGCCCGACUAUGCUUGAUUAGCGUGCACCUCAAAAGGUUGAUUUUCGCUUGCUUCAUUCUUUGGGAAGGUAUCCUUCCAACUUUUUGGGUCCGGCCAAGUGGUCGAGGCCCAAAUGCAAAGUUGUCACAAGUAUUUCAGGACUUGUGUUUAACGCAUCAGAGUGAGAAAUCUCUUCUCAAUAAGUUUCUUGGUGGCGUUAGCGUAGUAUACAAUAAUUUAUGUUCUCAAUGAAAAUCACAUUUUGUCUUCCUUUUUGACAAGUAGCCAUGAGUAACAUGUUGCUUAUUUAAUACCAAAGUUUUAUUA